GAUGUGUUUCUUGAAAUGUAAAUGCAGAUCAAAAGUGGACCACAUCCAGGAGAUCGUCACAGGAAACCCAACGGUCAUUAAGAUGGUGGUGAGCUUUAACAGAGGAGCCCGAGGUCAGAACGCACUCCGGCAGAUCCUGGCUCCGGUCGUGAAAGAAAUCAUGGAUGACAAGACCCUCAACAUUAAAACUGACCCAGUCGACAUAUACAAGAGCUGGGUGAACCAGAUGGAGAGUCAAACUGGAGAGGCCAGUAAAUUGCCGUAUGAUGUGACUCCAGAACAGGCAAUGAGUCACGAGGAAGUUCGAACCCGCCUGGAAGCCUCCAUCAAGAACAUGAGGACGGUCACAGACAAAUUCCUCUCGGCCAUAAUUGUUUCUGUGGAUAAAAUCCCAUAUGGCAUGCGGUUCAUUGCCAAGACGCUGAAGGACACACUUAACGAAAGGUUCCCUGAUGCCACAGAGGAUGAGCUUUUGAAGAUUGUGGGCAACCUGCUGUACUACCGCUACAUGAACCCUGCCAUUGUGGCUCCUGAUGCCUUUGACAUCAUCGAUCUAUCGGCUGGAGGACAGCUGACCAACGAACAGAGGCGAAACCUGGGAUCAAUCGCCAAAAUGUUGCAGCACGCAGCCUCCAACAAGAUGUUCCUCGGAGACAACGCCCAUCUGAACCCCAUCAAUGAAUACCUCUCUAACUCCUACCAGAAAUUUAGACGUUUCUUUUUGUCUGCUUGUGACGCCCCCUCUUUGGAAGACAAGUUCAAUGUGGAUCAGUACUCUGACCUGGUCACCUUGACCAAGCCUGUGAUCUACAUUUCCAUUGGGGAGAUCAUCAACACUCACACGCUCUUGCUAGAUCACCAGGAUGCCAUCGCACCAGACCACAAUGAUCCUAUUCAUGAGCUGCUAGAUGACCUGGGAGAGGUGCCCACCAUUGAGUCUCUAAUAGGUGAGAGCCCACUCCCCGCUGAUGAUCCUAAUAAGGAAAUGAUGGGUAAGACCGAAGUCUCUCUCACCCUCACCAACAAAUUUGAUGUUCCUGAUGAGGCCAAUGUUGAAAUGGAUGCCAAGACCCUCCUCCUCAACACCAAGAGGCUCAUAGUAGAUGUGAUCAGGUUUCAGCCAGGAGAGACACUCACUGAGAUUCUGGAGACGGUUGCUACACAAGAACAGGAAGCCGAUUACCAACGUGCCAUGCAGCGACGGGCCAUUCGUGAUGCUAAGACCCCGGAGAAGAUGAAGCAAGCCAAACCAGUUGUGGAUGACAGCCUUACCUUACAAGGCAAGAAGGACAAAAUCAAGAGCAACUUGCAAAGGCUAGGAGAGUUGGGCAAAGUUCACCCUGAGAAGAAAUACCAGGAUCUGAUCAAUGACAUUUCUAAGGACAUCCGGAACCAGAGGCGAUACCGUCAGAGGCGAAAGGCAGAAUUGGUGAAGCUUCAGCAGACCAAUGCAGCCCUGAACUCCAAGACCAAUUUCUACAAUGUGCAGAUUGACUACUACAAUCAAUACAUCAAGACCUGCAUGGACAAUUUAGCCAGCAAGGGCAAAGUUUCUAAGAAACCUGGAGACAAUAAGGCGAAGAAGAGUAAGCAGGUAUCGCAGAAGUACACCGCAGCCCGUCUGCACGAGAAGGGAGUGCUCAUUGACAUCGAGGAUCUGCAGCCAAAUCAGUAUAAGAAUGUCAUUUUCGAGAUCUCACCAUCUGAGGUUGUAGGCGUGUUUGAGGUGAAAGCUAAGCUUAUGGGAGUCCAUUUGGAGACGUUAUUGUUAGAAUACCAGGACCUGCUCCAGUUGCAGUACGAGGGGGUGGCAGUGAUGAAGCUGUUCGAUCGAGCUACUGUAAAUGUUAACCUCCUGGUUUUCCUGCUCAACAAGAAGUUCUACGGCAAAUAGAAACGCAGAGGGAAUGACAAGACUGUUUCAUACAAAGUGAAGCCCAGACCACAUUCAUCUUUAAAGUUUAGAUGUCUUUCCUGCACUACUCUGAGUGUGCUUUUCUUGAAGGAUAGAUUCCUUGAAUGUACAUUAUUAAAUUGUCACAGACCACCAACAUGUAUCUUCCGGACAUGUAACGGUUGACUUUCUGUUUUUACUGAGAUGUAAGUGUCCAAAAGAGUAUCAAUAAUAGUUUGCUUUGAUCUUUUGCAGACUGUGCUUGCAUGAGCUUUGAAUACUGUAUAUGUUAUAUGUAAAAUUUUUAUUACCUAAUCUAUUCUAAGGGAUAAACAAUUUGAAAAUUGUUUCUAAUUAUCCUUAUCAUGUAGGAGAGUGGUGAGCCACAUUCCUCCAAAUGUUACCAAAAUAUAUUUUAUCAGAGUAAUUUUUGUCUCUUUAUUUGUAAAUCCUGAAUGGGUAUAUUUCAUUGGCUAGUUGAAAAAUGAGGACUUGUUGGAAAAUAUUUUUUGCUGAAUGAAUUUUGUGUUUACGUCCCUCUAAUUUGUGCACCCUUGUCCAUUUUUUAAAAGGUGCCUUGACUUUAAUAAAAUUUGAGAAGCCUGAUCAUAUCAAAAUGUAGUGCUUAUAAUGUCAGUCCAUCUCAUUGUCUGUUGUUAUUAUUUGACUCAAGGUUGACGGAUGGUUACAUAUUUGUAUUGAUAUGUAACGAUACUGAUUAUUGAUGCUGGUUUAUACACUUAUUAUGAGAAAAUAGUGAUGACAUAAACAGAUUAAUUCUGAAAUUUAUGUACAGACAUUUUUUUUUCUUUUUACAAAAAAAAAAUUUCAAGGAUCAAUCCCAUCAUUAAAAAAAGAUUCAUGUUUUAGAGAAAACAUAACAUUUAUUGCAACCGUUCUGGUGUUUUGACUGAGAUGUUCUCAGUUGCUGUACCGUUAAAGCUGUGUCCCGAUGUUUUAUAUUCAAAUGCUUUAUGAAGGUGUGUAUUUUUUCCAUAUGUGCAUUCAAUAUAGAAUGCCAGCUGGUAGCUGUGUGGAAUAUGAACUGCAGUGUGGUUGAAAUUUCUUAGUAUCACAGUCGUUUUCCUGAUCUUACCUUUAACACUUGAACGGUAGUUCAGAAAGAUGCUGGUCAGAAAAUUACAUUUCACUACCCAGUGUUACAUAUGGCAAAAAUAAUAAGAGUGAAAGCUGAUAUUCUUUAACCUCAUUGUAUGGUUCAAAACACAAAAUGCUUGAAUAUCUACUCCUAUGUUUUGUUUUGAUUUAUUACAGAUAGCUCGAGCAAUUAUUUGUUAAGCUGUUCCACUGCUAAAACUAUUAAUAAAAUCUAUAAAUGAAAA